AUGAACACCGUACAUCAGGAGCCAAUGCUGGAUGGAGGACUGUUUGCCUUGCUGUUGAUAGUGUUGGAGUGGACCCGUCCAGGCCUACCAUCCCCAUUGAGGCCCAUCUGUGACCUGAGGGUCCUGAAUCAUUUCAUCAAGGAAGCACGAGACGCAGAAAGCGCCAUGCGGUCAUGUAGAGAAGGAUGUAGCUUGUCAGAGUCUGUCACGGUUCCCCAAACCAGAGUUGACUUUGACAUCUGGGAGAAGAAAAAUGCACUGGAUCAAGCCCAAGAGGUGCAGUCUGGCCUUUGGCUACUGCAUCAGGCCCUCAGCUCGUUACGGGCUUCAGUCACCAACACAGCACUGCACAGCCAUUUAGACAACAGCAUCAGAAACCUGCUCAGCAUCAAUGCUGUACUGCGCAGCCUCAACAUUCAGGAGUACACCCCACCAGCCAGUGUGGUGGCAGGUGACGAGACAUGGCAAGUGUCAUCAGCAACAGACCUGCUUCAAGUCUAUGUCAACUUCCUGCGAGGCAAAGUGCGUCUCCUCCUUUUGGAUGCACAAGCCUGUCACCAGGAUGUCAGCUGAUCAGCUGGUCUUUCUACCUGAAACUGAUUUGUUUCCUAAAGCAAGAAGAGGAGUUCCACCGGCUCAUUAGCUUGUGGAAGCAGUGUGGAAAGUGGGAAAGGUACAGCUAUCCCCAUAGAAGCGGAGGAGGCUGAAAGGAAAGGACAGUCCCAGCUGGACUUAGGAAGGACAAGAGAAGACUGCACCUUGGAAUAUAGACGUGAAACAUGGACAUGGUGAAUCACACAUCAACCAAAACAGGCCUUUGGAAUGAACUGCUCCAAUAGCCUUUCAGUGGGCACUCUCCAGCACUUUGUGUGUACACAUGCGUGUGUAAAAGUUUAAUUUUUAAGAAGUGUGUGUUCUGUGUUUGUAAUUGUGUAUGUGUGUGUCACGCUGCGUCUGUUUCAAGUGUGGUUAAUCCCUAGACUCAUCUCUUCAGACUGAAUUGUAGACUUAAACCUGCCAGAGUGGACCACCCACAAAAUAUAGGUUGUACCUGGAAACUGGAGGGAAGUUAAGUUGUGAAAGGGCAUGCUUUUCCAGUAUCACUUUAAAAAAGGGGGCCUAACCCUACAAACCAUCUAAUAUGUCAACAACUGUGCCUCAUAUCGAUAUAAUGGGUUAGUUUUGAUCAUUCUUUUUCUGUGACUUUUAAUAUUUUUUAUUGGUUGUAUAAUUACUAUUUAUACAGAGUUUUAUUUGUACUUUAAACUCCAGUCUCGGUUGUAUGUAUUUUUAUAGUUUUGGAUCUUUAGGAUUUUAGUUGUAGUUUAGAGCCAUGUUCACUGGUUUCACACUGAACACUUUUGUAAAGGUAUUCUUGACAUCAUAUCUUGUGACAAACUACUGUCCUCCUUUUUUUUUUUUUUUUUUUAUAAAGCUUGUGUAUGUAUACAUAAUUAGGUGUUACUGAUUUACAGGAAAUGUUCCAGCUGAUACCACUUCUUGUGUGCAUGUAAACGUAGUCAUAGCAAA